CCAUUCACUGUACAGUAGGGUUCUCUUGAGCUAUCCUGCGCCCCGGUUGUCAGCGCCUCAUGACUUGAUAAGUUGGAAGAGGCACCGAGACAGAACCCCGGCGUUUCGCUUUCCUGGUCUCAUCGCCUUCUCCGGCUACCCUCAGGCCUCAGAUCUCAGAAGAAGUAUACGGCACCCGCUUGCCGCCGUCGUCGCACAGAUUCGUCCCGGUCCGGUCACCCUCGUCGCCGUCGACAUGCCGACAUCGAAGACGGUGUCGACCUGCACUCCAGAUCUGGAGGAGGGCACGCACGUGUUUGAGAUCCUUGGGUACAGCAAGCACAGGGGCAUGGGCAACAAGUUCAUCAGGUCCGGCACCUUCUCCGUCGCCGGCCACGACUGGACCAUCCUCUUCUACCCCGACGGGUCCAGAACUGACGACCUAGAUUACAUCUCAGUUUAUCUCGAGCUCAUGAGCCAAGGCUCCAAGGUGCGGGCAUCCUGCGACCUGAGGCUGGUCGACCAGAGCACCGGGUUGUCGUCUUCGGUGCAUAGGACAGGGCCGAGGAUGUUUAAUUCAAGUGAUGACAGCAAGUAUGCUCCACAGACUAGGUUGUCCAAGAAACGGAGCGAGUUGGAGUCUUCAGCGUACCUUCAGGAUGAUCGCCUCACGAUUGAAUGCAUUGUCACUGUUUUCAAGGAACCAUAUGUAUCUAAAACCGAAUUCUUCAGCGAAAUUGAGGUGCCACAGUCUGACAUCAUGGAGCACCUUGGCAAGUUGUUGGAGGAAAAGGAGGGUGCAGAUGUCACUUUCAGUGUUGAAGGGGAGACUGUCGUGGCACAUAAGAUUGUGCUCGCCAUGCGAUCGCCUGUUUUCAAAGCAGAGUUCUUUGGGCCGAUGAGGGAGGCAAGGGCGCAGCAAGUAACGAUUGAGGACAUGCAACCUGCUGUGUUUAGAGCCCUGCUGCAUUUUAUUUAUACUGAUUCUUUGCCUGGUACUGAUGGCAUUUGGGGUGCUGCUGCUGACAAUGAAAUGAUCCGGCAUUUGCUCGUGGCUGCAGAUAGAUAUGCCGUGGACAGAUUGAAGGUUAUAUGUCAAAGCAUCCUUUGCAGGAAUCUUGACGUGGAGACAGUGGCGACUACAAUGGCUUUGGCUUAUCAGCACAACUGUGACAGGCUUAAGGAUGUUUGCCUUGAAUUUAUCACCCGUUCAAAUGUGAUGGAUGCAGUGGUGGCAACCCAAGGUUAUAAGAAUCUCAAGGCGACUUGCCCUUCUGCCCUAGUAGAUGCAUUUGAAAAGACAAGUAUGUUUCGUAAAACAUGAGCACCUCAGUGCAUCCUGUGGGUACUGGUGUUAGCUAGCUCUUAGAUUAUGCGAAUAGUUUGCCAGACUUUGCUUGAGCAGCUCAUCACAACUUAAACAUUGGAUGAGUAGCCUAGUGUCAGAUGAACCUGAGAAUGGUUAGUUAGUAUAGUUCUUAGAAUUUAUAAACACAGAGUUUGCGAGAUCAGUUCAUCCUAAGCUUAAUAUAGUGAUGUUUGGUACUC